AUGUUAUCGUUACCAUCUUCCUCUUCUCAUCCUCCUUCUUCUUCUUCCUUUUCUUCUUCUUCUUCACAUAAAUAUGAUGUUUUCUUGAGUUUUAGAGGUGAAGAUACCUGCCCAAAUAUCACUGAUCAUCUACAUGAUGCUUUAAUAAAGAAGGGAAUAGUCACUUUCAUGGAUGAUCCAAGGCUUGAGCCUAGGGAAGAAAUCUUACAAGAACUCUUGGAAGCAAUUCAAGAAUCAUGGUGUUCACUAAUCGUUUUCUCAAAAACAUAUGCUUUUCCAAGUUUUUGCUUGGAAGAGCUUGUUGAGAUUGUUGAACAGAAAAAAAAGAGGGGCAUAAAAUUUUCCCAAUUUUUUAUGAUGUGGAUCCAUCUGAUUUGGGAAAACAAACGGGAAAAAGUUGCUGAAGCCUUUGCCAAACAUGAAGAGACAUACAAGGAAACUAAUGACAAGAUCCAAAAGUGGCGAAUUGCUUUAACUGAAGUGGCUAAUAUCAAAGGAUGGCAUUUAAAAAACAGACUUGAACUGCAGGUCAAGCUUAUAACUCAAUCUAUGACCAAGUCUACUUUAAAGAAACUAAAUUUAAUUUCUCUUUCUGUGUUUGAAGACAUGAAUCAGAAUUUAUUGGAAACAUUGUUAAAAAGAUAUCAGCAAAAUUAUGUCAAACAUAUCCGAUAG